CUCUCUUUAUGGAUCUUGUUAUACCGCGCAUUCUGGCAUCCGCUCAGACAUUUCCCGGGACCAUUCGGUGCAAAAUUGUCCAAAUUGUGGACUGUUAAACAGGCUUGGGAUUCAAGAUGGCACUGGCAUCGCGUACAACAGCAUCUUCAAAAGCAAUAUGGUGAUUAUGUGAGAACAGGU